CGGAAGGCGAAGGGGCAGGAAGUCGGGCUUCUGCAGCCCAGGGUGGCGGCACCGCGCGGGGGACCGAGCCUUCCUUAUUUAUGUGUCUGCCGGCGUUUGCCGACUUUGCCCGAAGACUUGGGGGAGCGUCUGCGAGCGGCGAGCCCCGCGCGUGAGGCACGGAAGGAAGGACUGGAUGUCUGAACACCAUGAUUAUCCAUUAACCUCCAAACUUUUCUUUUUUUAACCCAAAGAAUAUCGGUGAUUUUUGUCCACUGCUAGCAGAGGAAGAGAGAACCCAGGGCCCUUGAAAUGCAGCAGAAUCCUUAUUUAUAAACAGGCCCGAGGUAGUGAUAUGCAAACCCCCUCUACUCAGUGAAUUUUCUAUCCUAUGGAUAUCAGUCUUGAGAUUUGAGAUUGGAGAGCUGUACCGUCUGCGCUGGGUCCGGCAGCCUCUAUCCUUUCAAUGCCCAGUUUCCUCUGGGACUGCUGGCCUUCCCUGGAGAUCAGAGCAGUACUGUGUGCCAUGGGCUGUAUUCAGAGCAUUGGGGGCAAAGCCAGAGUCUUCCGGGAAGGCAUCACCGUGAUCGAUGUGAAGGCCUCUAUCGACCCCAUCCCCACCAGCAUUGAUGAGUCCUCCAGCGUGGUGCUCCGCUACCGGACACCCCACUUCCGUGCCUCGGCCCAGGUGGUCAUGCCGCCCAUCCCAAAGAAGGAGACCUGGAUAGUUGGCUGGAUUCAGGCUUGCAGCCACAUGGAGUUCUACAACCAGUAUGGGGAGCAGGGCAUGUCCAGCUGGGAGCUCCCAGACCUGCAGGAAGGCAAGAUCGAGGCCAUCAGCGACUCGGACGGGGUGAACUACCCCUGGUACGGCAACACCACGGAGACCUGCACCAUCGUGGGCCCCACCAAGAGAGACUCCAAGUUCAUCAUCACCAUGAAUGACAACUUUUACCCCAGUGUCACGUGGGCUGUGCCCGUCAGCGAGAGCAACGUGGCCAAGCUCACCAACAUCUACCGGGACCAGAGCUUCAUCACGUGGCUGGUGGCCACCAACACCUCAACCGACGACAUGAUCAUCUUGCAGACCCUGCACUGGCGGAUGCAGCUCAGCAUUGAGGUGAACCCCACCCGGCCCCUGGGCCAGCGUGCCCGGCUGCGGGAGCCCAUCGCCCAGGACCAGCCCAAGAUCCUGAGCAAGAACGAGCCCAUCCCGCCCAGCGCCCUGGUCAAGCCCAACGCCAACGACGCUCAGGUCCUCAUGUGGCGGCCCAAGUACGGGCAGCCGCUGGUGGUGAUCCCGCCCAAGCACCGGUAACAGCCAGGGCGCCCGCGAGCUGACACCCAAACAAUAGCACUGCUCCAGCACCCCACGCGGACCCUGCAGUCACUCAGCAAAAUACAACCUUUCUACCUUCUCCAGCGGGCGGGUCUCACUGUGCGAACGGCCCCCGCCCCCCCCGGGAUGGCCCCCCCGCCCUUCUGGAACCUGCUUCCCUGGGGGAGGGGGGAGACCCAGGCGGGACCGACCACCCCACGUGCGCCCUCAGUGUCACCUUGGGUCUCCUUUCCUCCCCUCGCAAUUUCAGUCAUUCACUUGCAACAGACUCCCUGAAACAACUGCUUUUUCCGUUCUUUUUUUUUUUUUCCCUAACGCCUCUGUACGAGGUUCAGGGGUGGGACGAGGAGGAGCUGAUCGUGAGCCUGGGGGGCACCGGGGCUGAUCCGUGGACACAGCGGCGGCCCCUCCCCCUCCCAGGGCAGCUCCCCCUCAUCCUCCCUCACGUGGCCUUAUGUAGACUUGCUUUGCCAAACUUUUGCCUUAAGCUGAUUUUAAAGGAAAAAAACCCAAAACAAAGAAAGCCAGGAUCUCUUUUCUGCUGGACUUUGCAUCUUCUGCCAGAGGUGAGGGAGGAGGGGGCGGGGGACUAGAGAAGGAUGCCCCUGAGCUCCCCUCCUGGGUGUCGCCCAGGGGAUUAGGGUACAGAUUUAGAUCUAAAACCAGCUGCUCCUUCUUUCGUUUUAGCUGAGCCGAAACCACAGACAGACUGCCCCAAGAGUCCCUUCUCUGUGCCCCAGGUGGAACCCCUGUCCUACCCCAUGCCUGCAGAGACGAGCUGUGAGCUUGGGCCCAGCGUAGAUCUACCAGGGGCUUCUCUCCCCUCUUCUCUGCAGCCGGACCUUGCCUUGGGUGGGUCUAUGAGGAGAGGGAGGGUCCUGUGCGUUACAGGUGGAGCCCAGGGAAUUCCCGCCAUCUCAGUCCUCGGCGCCCAUCCUCGGAUGGUUCUGUCGGUACCUCUUGGCAGGCAGCUUUUCUCUUUCCAUCCACACUGUCCCAAACGUCUGGAGGGCCAGCCACCUUACCCAGCUGUAGUUAAAAUGUAAGAAGGCCUGCACCUGCCUCCCAGCACCUUGUCAGGGGACGCCCCUCCCAGGCGCUCUGGGGGAGGGCUGCAGACAGGCCCUGAGCACCGCGGUGCUGCAGGUGGGGGCACCCUGGAUCUGGUAAGGCUGCGGAUGCAGGAGGCUGACGCCCUGCUCCCCGUCUUCACAGAAGUGAACCAGCGCCCGCGGCCGGGGGAUGCAGCGGGCCUGGGGUGGAGGCUGGUCCUUGUGGUCACCCUCCCUCGGGUCCUGGGCCCUCUGGAGCCCCGGGACCUGGUCCUGAGGGUCGCCGAGCCUUUUUAGCACUGUCUGCCUUGAAGGCUGCUUGCAGGAGCUGAGGGGAUGCGCCGCUGGAGCCCCCUUCCUCCAAGCUUGCCAAGCCCCCAGCUGCGUCACCCGACAGAAAACUGUCGGACGAGAAAACUAAUCCAUUUCUGCUGCAGAUGAGCCACUGGUAGGAGUCCCAGGGACGAGGUGGGAGGGCGUGGGUCAUCCAGUCCUUGCUCGGCCCCUUUUUCCACCGGGUGUUGCAUGUAUUCAAGGGGUGCUUAACGUCCAGCCAUCUCCCGAGCCCGCCCCGACGCGGGCCGUGCAGCUCUCCUGGAACCUCUGGACGGGAAACAGCGUUGUGCGGCCGGCUGCCGGCCUGGUGCUUGGGGAUCCCCUGGCAGGCCUGGGACCCGACCCCUGGAACCUGCCAGCUCCCCUUGGUGUGUUCGGAGGGAGGACUGCCACCCAGAGAGGCCACAGCCUCAAGCACGGGGGACGAUGGGUCCCAGCCGCCCCUCUGGGGACAGGCUGUGGAGGGGCUGGCGUGGCGGCUGCCGUGGGUGGGACCUGGCCUCCUGACGGCGCGGCCCUUCUCUGCACUCAGGUCUUUCUUGCACUAAAAAGGAGAAGGGGCCCUGGGUGAGGGGUCAGGUACCGGGGUGCUGGUUCUGGGCUGGGUCAUCCCUGUGGAGUUAUCACUGGGGUAGGGCUGGGAGUGGGAAAGAACAGUAAGGGGUGGUCCUGAGCUAUCUGGGGGCAGAGUCCCCCAAAACCGCGCUUCCUGGGUGUGAGCAGGGCCCCGCGGCAGGGGGGAGGGGGCAACGCUGCUCAGGCUGCCCCCCGCCCGGCCUACCGUGUGCCUGGGCCCCAGCUCACCCUGCUCCCUGGCUCACCCCCAAAGCCCGGCCCCUUUCUCUCUGCCCCUCCUGGCCUUCCUGAAGGCAGGGCUGGAACAACCCCGGGGAGGCUGCGGGUCCAGCUAAGGAUGCUCGGCUUAGCCUGGGUCUGCCCCUCGGCCUCUCCUGUCAGGAGCACGGGCCCCAGGCGUCUCACCCGGGUCCCUGAUCCCUCUGCUGUCCCCCUCCCCGGCGUGGACACACUCCUCCAGCAAUAAGGACCGUCUGUGGUCGUGGAGAGUACUGUGAAAACAAACCAAUGCACUUACCAGGAGGCACAAGACUCUUGAAGAAACUGUAAAACGAACCUUUUUAAAACAACAGCAAAU